AAAAUUCAAGAAGCACAAAAAUCUCAUGAAGAAAAAAAAACUGAAUUAAUAGAAAAUCAUGGAGAAAAUAUUAAGUUUAUCAUUGACAAGGAAUUGCUUUUAGAACGAAAAAGUUCUAAAAAUAAUUUUGAAUCAAAAAAACAAGAUAAUAUUUCAGAUGGAAAUGAAAAUGAAAUUAUAGAAAAAAAUAAAUGUGUAAAAAAUUUAUAUUCUUCUGAACAUAUAUCAAAAUUAGCUGUUAAUGAUGCAAAUACUCAAGUAGAUAUUACUUCUUUACCAGUGCAAGUAUAUGUUCUAAUAUUUUAUAAUUAAUUUUUAUUAAAAAUAUAAAUAACAGAAUAAGUUUCUUUAUUAUUUUAAUGUAUUUAGGAAAAUAAUGGGCAGUUGUUUUUUGUGUUAGACAAAAAACUACAGUCACAUGCUUUAAAUGCAAUACAUGUUGACACAAUCACUGUACCUCAAGAAUGUAUAAAUCAAUGCUAUAAUGUGCAACUUCCAGUUCUUACUUAUCAAAAUAUACCAAUGCAAGUAUCUUCUACAGGAACAAGUAAUGUAAUACAGCAAUGUUUAAAUCAUUUAGAACACAAGAAUCAAACUAAAACUUUACCUUUAAUGAAGAAAGAGUCAGAACAACAUAUUCAUUCAAAUCAAGCACAGAAUGAAAGCAAAUCUCUUAUUAACAGUAAUAAUUUUACAAACAUUUAUAAUUCUUUAUUUUCCAUUCAUUGAAAUUAUAGUUUUUCAGAUGCAGAUGAAAAAAGUAUUUAUGAAGAGAAAAAUACUACGUUAAUACAAAAUAAAAUACUUGAAGAAAAUAAAAAAACUUGUUUUAAACCAGAUUUUUCAGAAAAUCUAAUUGCCUCUGAAAAAUUGCCAAACUUAAAUAUUCAACAUGCACAACAAGAAUCUAGCGAUUCUGAAUAUUAUAUUCCAAAUAUAAAUAAAAAAAAUACAAAUAAUCAUGUUUUCCAAUGUUUAAAAAUGAAAAAAAUUACAUACAAUACAACUUGUGAAGAAACAACAGAUUCUGAAUUUGUUACAAAAAAAUUUAUUCAAAAAAAAGAAUUUAUUGAUGCAAAUGAAUUUACAAACAAAGUUAAUAAGAUUAAUACUGAUACUAUACAUGAUAAUAUUAAAACUCCAGUUUUAAAUCAUGAACAAGUAAAUCAUUUAUCAAAAGAAAAUGAAUAUUUUCAAUCAGUACCUCAAUCUAAUAUAAUUGUUAAUAAUCAAAAUCAAUCCUUAUAUCAAAAUUACAAAGCAAAUAUCUAUGAAACAAGAGGAAGAAAUAAAUCUGAGCAAUAUUUACCUUGUAUAAAAAAUGAAUGUACUAGAAAACUUUGUCGCAAUUCUGAACCAUAUAUUACAUUUAAACAAAAAAAAGCAUCAGCUAGAUUUUCUAGAAAAGCUAAAUCUUAUUUUCAAAAGAAUUCUCAUUCAGCAUUAAUAGAUUCUGAUUAUACUUUAGUAUGGCCUAAUUGUCAAUAUAAUAAAUAUAAACGUAAUCAAACGAACAUUCAUAAAUUCGGUAAUCAUAAGACAAGAAAAAUGAGUCAACACUUUAAUCCUGUUCCUGUACACGAACAAAAUAUGUGUACGCAAAUUGAUAAUGUCUCAAAUUUCAUUGAAAAUAAUUAUUUGCAAAACAACAAACAUAUAAUUUCAAGACAAGAUAUUACUAAAAGUUUGUCAAAAAUAUGUUUGCAAAGAGAACGUUGCAAAUAUGAAACAUCUCCAAGAUCAAAUAUAGAUGAUAUAUUUGAAAGAUCAAAAAGAAUUUCUCCAAAAACCCAAGAAUUAUUAAAUAAAAGUUAUUGGGAAUAUUACAAUAGAUUGAGACAUAAAAUAGAGAACACAAGCAGUAUUGAACAGCAAUAUCCGUAUAAUUUAACAGUGGGUAUAUCUGAAAAAGGAAAACAGGGAAAAACAAAUGAAGUAUAUGGUAAAGAAUUAAAAAAUCAGUUAAAAAUUAAUCCUGAACUGCAAACAUUACAACAAUGUACAGCUCUUUCUACUGCCAUAAAUAAGGCAUUAGAUUCAAAUCUUGAAUCAAAUAUUAUGCAAACAAAACAAUUAUAUAUAAAUGAUAAUAUCAAAGCAAAUCACAAAGAUGGUAUACAAAAUUCUAAUACAAAAAAGAUUUCACAUUUAAAUAGUAAUGAACCUAUAGUUAAUAAAUUAAGAUAUAAUGGGAAUAAAAAUGAUAAACAGUUUUUGGAACUUAAAUCUAUUAGUAAGUAUUUAUUUUAUUUAAUUUAA